UCGGCGGGGUCACGGAUCAUCGAUGACCGCGGGCCGGCAAAGGGGACAGCCGGAGAAAAAGCCCUAGCGGGGUCCUAGCAAGGGUCUUCGAGCCGAGUGGGGUGCCCGGGCGGCGGCCCUCUGGGCUGUCACCCCGCAGGCUUGAAGGAGGCUGCCCAGCUGCAGGACCAGUUUGGGUGAAGGCAGCAGUCCAGGGGCAAGUGGGGUGAGAGGUCACCCAGGACCAUGUGAAGUUGGGUGUUUUAGAAGUGGGGAGAGGGCGGACCAAGUGUGAAAGGUGACAACCACGGAGAUGGGGUACAUCGUGGGAAGAACUAGUGUGCAUGGGUGUCAGGGUGGGUCUUCAGGACGCACUCAGUCGUCAGGACAGCAAAAGCUGGGGUCCUGGGAAAUCCAGGCGCGGGUAUCACUGGGGAUUGUGGAGUGCUCCAAGCUGUGGGGGUCGGGUACUGGAAAGGGCAAGGUCCCCGGAAGAGCAGGGUGGGUCCUUAGGAGGGACAAGAGUCUGGGCCAGGCAGUUCUGGAGAAACUACAAGGGUGGCACUGGCAUGGCAACCCCACGUCACCUGUAAGAGCCCCCUGCCAACUGCUCUGGGAUGAGGGGGCACGCCUCACCCCUGCUGGGAGGAGAGGGAAGGUUGCCCCGUCUUCAGACUGGGCUGCUCCCCACGGGGCUGAAUGGCCCCAGGCAGACUCCCCAUGGAGACACACCUCAGGGAAGUUAAACUGGAGAAGGCAAAAGGAACCGCAUCCAGGUGAGCCUGAUGCGACGGAUCUCAUUCUACGCAUCGUCCUCGCCCUGGAGAGGCGGGUCAGCAGGGUCGGUUGCCAGCCCAUCCCUCAGCUGGGGGGUGAGCCCGCGCAUCAGUGGGGACUGAUCUGCCUGGCACAGCGUGGUCUCUGCAGCCUCUGGGCUGACGGAAACCCGUCACCAGGCGUCUGCACACGGGCGCCAUCACUGCUGCACUCGGCUCCCAGGCGGUUUUGAGUUGACAGCAGGUGUGUUGGAAUUUGUGUCCCUGGAAGUUACUCGUCUUUAUGUUCCACCCACUGAGGAAAUGGAUUUGGAUGAGUUGGACCUGAACCCCAGGAUUCUUGCUGCAGUUAAGAAAGCCAAACUGAAAUCGGUAAAGGAGGUUUUGCAUUUCUCUGGACCAGACUUGCAGAGACUGAGUGGCCUCUCUGGCCCUGAUGUGCAGUACCUGCUGAGAAUGGCCUCCUCACACCUGCGGGGAAGCAGCGUCUUCACAGCCCUCCACCUGCAGCAGCAACCGGAGAGCUUUCCCGCGCAGCACCAGCGCCUGAGCCUCGGCUGCCCUGUGCUGGACGGGCUCCUCCGCGGCGGGCUGCCCCUGGACGGCAUCACCGAGCUGGCCGGCUGCAGCUCGGCCGGGAAGACCCAGCUCGCCCUACAGCUCUGCCUGGCCGUGCAGCUCCCACGGCGGUACGGAGGCCUGGAGGCCGGCGCCGUCUACAUCUGCACGGAGGACGCCUUCCCUGACAGGCGGCUGCAGCAGCUUGUAGCCCUGCAGCACCUUCGGACCCAUGUUCCUGGGAAGGUAGUCAGGACGAUAAAAUUUGGUGACCAGAUCUUUGUCGAGCAUGCGGCCGACGUGGACACACUGCUGGAGUGUGUGAGUAAGAAGGUCCCCGUGCUUCUGUCUCGGGGCAUGGCCCGCCUGGUGGUCAUCGACUCCGUGGCGGCCCCGUUCCGCUGCGAGUUUGGCGGCCCGGCCUCGGUCCCCAGGGCCAGGUGUCUGCAGGCGCUGGGGGCCACACUGCGCCGGCUAAGCUGCGCCUUCAAGAGCCCGGUGCUGUGCAUCAACCAGGUGACAGAGGCCCCGGAGGAGCGGGGCGCGGAGCUCGGGCCAGUGGGCCUCUGGAAUGAGCGGGUGUCCCCAGCCCUGGGGCUGACCUGGGCCAACCAGCUCUUAAUGAGGCUGCUGGUGGAUCGGCACCGCCCUGAGGAGGCUGUCCUGGGCCAGCCCAGCCGCACCCUGCGUGUGGGCUUCGCCCCACACCUGCCCCCCUCGUCCUGCUCCUACACAGUCACGGCCGAGGGCGUGCGAGGGACGCCUGGGACUGAGUCUUGCUGACACGGCAGCUGCAGUCGGCUGGGUCCCAAGAAGCCCCGUUCCUGGCAGAGGCUUCCAGCUCCACGGGCGAGGGGGGCAGCACUGUUAGCUGGCACAGCCUUGCCAGAUUCGGGGCUCCCGGGAGGCAGACCAUGGUGAGCCUGGGUGAUGCCCACCGCCCUUUCUGUGCUGGUAGUACUGGGCCCCACCACACCGCCUGGCACAGCGCGGGAUGGCCUUGGACAGAGCUGUGCAAUGAGAAUGCAGAGGGCCCUCCUGGACCCUUCAGGACCAACUUGCUCUCUGCCAGGCCCUACCCUAAGUAUUUCAUCCAUGUUGGUAUAUGUCCUUUUUCCAGCCCUUGGACAGAGGGCAGUUCUGAUCCUUGCUCCCAGGUAGGGAAACUGAGGCAAGGUCAACGAGCUUAGCCAUCCUCCCUCAUCCUGUGCCAGGAAAGCCAAGGGCCCCCAGUCCCCCAGGCCAGCACUGGGACAGGCCGCACGUCCCUGUCAUCGGGCAGCCUCUGUACAGCUUUGUAGGGCAGGACGAGUCCAUUUAUAACUUUCAUCACCAUUUCGAAGUUAUCUGUGACCCUAAAAAGGCUAAGAAUGGCUGGCAUAAAAAAUAAAAAAUUAUUUUAGGGUUGGAA